AUGGAAGAUGGAAAUAUGCAACUUCAGCCAGGGCGCAGUGUAGGGUUCAUGACCCUCGGAUGCUCCCUACACGAAGUACUGACGACCAUCAAAGCCGAGGUCAAGGCCUUUCCACGGUUCCAGCUCUACCACGACGAGUUACGACCUAUUUCAUCCCCCGUCCAAGUUGUUCUUCCAGACAACGGUUUGCGACUACAGUUCGACGGACCUGACCAGCGGCUGCGCCUCAUCGAAGUGCUCGAUUUCGCCAAAGCCAAGUUGGUAUAUAAGGAUAUUGAGGUGUACAAGCCUGGUGAAAUAGGCUUCUCAGGAAACGCGUCAGGGCCGAGGUUUCGGCAUGUCUACGACAAGCUGCUGGGACCAACGUAUGGCGGCGAGUACAUACCCCCAAAGUCUGAAGACCCCAACGCAAGAGGCACAUAUAACCUAUCUUAUCCGGGGAUAGCUUUCAACUUCCCGGUUCAACACUCCGCAUACUCUCCCAAGAAAGACUUCAUCUCGCUCCUGUCCUCGUCGGCCACAGGACCAGCAACUUCUAUGGCGGUCUUCAACGGCGAAUCCUGGCAAAAGGCUCGUGGGACAUUAUUCACAGCAGUACCACCGAAUCCGAGAUCGCUGGCCCUAGGAAAAGCAAAGGACGGUGGUCCAGACGAGAUUGAGACGGUCAAAAUACAUGGAGAAGGUCGGAUAGAGCUCGUCCGGCGCUCUAGUCCUCCAUUCUGGAUCGUCCUUAGUGAGACAACGCCUCAGGACUUGAUCAUGGAACUUGGUGCACCCGAGUCCAUAUAUCGUAAGAAUGACCAUCGGCUAUCAAUACACAAAGACCGGAGGACGAGCGACGCAUCGGAUCUCUCGCCCAGUGGACUCACUCCAGAUGAUGAUGAUUCAGACCACGGGUCAGUGACCAGAAGCAACAACGAAGAUGCAUGGGAGGACGAUGACGAAGCCGCACUAGAAGCUCAGGAGCGAGAAGUCGCAGCGGCUGAGCACUUCUACAACUACUACUACCACGGCUUCGAUAUCCUGAUUUCACAGCCUACGCAGAUCUCUCCACCUUCUCCUACUGCAGAGAGACGGGAGUCAGAACUGCACAGCCAAGGCGAGCUCAGUGCACAACCUCUAAACCAUCUUACUGCAACCAAGGUCAUAUUCCACGGUAACGUGCCUGGUUCGUACCAGUUUAAUCGACACAGACGAAGUAGAUGGACGCUCGAGCAUGUGCCCUCAGCUAUGUAUCGUGACCCUCUCAGUUCUGAAAUGGACUUUGGGGAUAUUUCAGGCCGACUGAAGGAAGUUUUCAAGCCAUAUUACGAGAACGAAGAGCAAGAGAGGUUGCAGCAACGUGGCAUGGCCCUAAACAGAGGUUGGGGUGACAGCCCGGGUAGCAGCUGCGAGCUUCUUGGAGGGUGGGAGGACAGUUCUGGGAGGAAGAGCAAGUUUGCGAAUGCCGGCAGUGUCUUGAUGGAGGGUGCUGCAGAUGUUGGGAACGUAGAGUUGUUUGGGUUUCCAGGUAUGGUCUUCGAGGUGUUGAAGAAUGGAGCUGUGAGCUCGUUGACUGUAUACUAA